AGCAAAAUCCCCGUCCAGAUCCUCCAAGUUCCUCAUUCUGGCGGGCGUGCGGGCCAUAGUCAGGCCGAUGAGUCCGUGCUGUCUGUUUGUGAACAUAUCUGAGGACCAGGGGACUGUUUCUACACUGGAUUAACUGAUCACUGGGUUCUACAGCCAGAGAGACAAGAUGGGCUGUCAGAAGUCCAAGCUGAGCGGAAGCCUGAGCAGUGGUGUGGAGGGGAAAGUCAACCCGCAGACUGUACGUACCGACCAAACCCAUUAUGUCAGAGACCCCACCUCCAAUACAAAACACAACAUAAAUAGCAACCUGUUACCUGGUCAGGUGUUCCAAAAGAUGGAGGAGCAAAGUAAAAUAGUUAUCACCCUCUACCCAUAUCAAGCCACGCAUCCUGAUGACUUGGGAUUCAGGAAAGGAGAAAAGAUGAUGAUCUUGGAGGAACAUGGUGAUUGGUGGAAAGCAAAGUCCCUGGAAACCGACAAAGAAGGAUUCAUCCCAUCCAAUUACGUCGCUCAAGUUGACACCAUGGAAACAGAGGAGUGGUUUUUCAAAGACAUCACGAGGAAGGAUGCAGAGCGGCAGCUGUUAGCUCCGGCUAACAAAGCAGGCUCUUUUCUAAUCAGAGAAAGUGAAACAUCAAAAGGAAGUUUCUCGUUGUCAAUCAGAGAUCUGGACGCCAAAGGCUUUGAGUUGGUGAAACAUUAUAAGAUACGGAUGCUGGACAAUGGCGGCUGCUACGUCUCCCCUAAAAUCUCCUUUAACGACAUCGGCGCCAUGAUCAAACACUACCACAACAAAGCAGACGGUCUGUGUCGUAAACUGGACCGCCCAUGCGUUAAACCAAAAGCUCAGAAGCCAUGGGAUAAAGAUGCCUGGGAGAUUUCCAAAAACUCCAUUAAGAUGGUGAAGAAGCUGGGGGCGGGACAGUUCGGUGAAGUUUGGAUGGCGUACUACAACAACGCCACCAAGGUGGCAGUGAAGACCCUGAAGCCUGGCACCAUGACGGUGCAGGCCUUCUUGGAGGAGGCCAACGUCAUGAAGACGCUGCAGCACGAGAGGCUGGUGCGCCUGUACGCCGUCGUCACCAAGACAGACCCCAUCUACAUCAUCACUGAAUACAUGGCCAAUGGGAGUCUUUUGGACUUCUUAAAGACUGACAUGGGAUGCGAUCAGCAAAUACCCAAGCUCAUUGAUUUCUCUGCACAGAUAGCAGAGGGCAUGGCAUACAUAGAGAGGAAGAAUUACAUCCACAGGGAUCUGAGGGCCGCUAACGUCCUGGUGUCCGAGAGUCUGCUGUGCAAAAUAGCUGACUUUGGUUUGGCAAGAGUCAUAGAGGAUGACGAGUACUCCGCCAGAGAGGGAGCCAAAUUCCCCAUCAAGUGGACCGCCCCAGAGGCCAUCAACUACGGCAUCUUCACCAUUAAAUCAGACAUGUGGUCGUUUGGCGUUCUGCUCUAUGAGAUCAUCACCUACGGGAAGAUUCCUUAUCCAGGUAUGACUAAAGGAGAGGUGAUGAGCUCCAUCCAGCAUGGCUACAGGAUGCCGCGGCCUGACAGCUGUCCCCUUGAGCUUUAUGAUGUCAUGAUGUCCUGCUGGAAAGACAAGCCUGAGGACAGGCCCACCUUCGAGUACCUGCAGAGCGUCCUGGAUGACUUCUGCACGGCCACAGAGGGCCAGUACGAGCACCAGCCGUAGCCACAACAUCACACAGACUUUUAACACACAAAGACUUGACACGCUCACUCCACAUUUCCCUGAAGGUACUUGUUGUGUUUUAUAUUUCAUGCACAUGUUGUGUGUGCUACAGUACACUGUAAUUUCAUUUGCUGUUCAGAAAAAAAAUAGUAAUUUUAAGUUUCUGUCAUAUUUUAUUAUUGCCACUUAAAGGGGACAUAUUUUUAGGGCUCUGGAGAGACUGAACUUUUUUACUUCAUCCCAUGUUUUGGGUAUUUUGACCAAAACAUGUCACAGAUGUUUUUUUAAGAUCUCAGGACGUAAAUAAUAAAUGUAAUAAUAUGUCUCCUUUAAAGUGUUGUUUGUGAAUGUGAAAACUGUUGUGUUCAUGCAUAUUCUGAGGUACGCAGGAGAUGAAUUAUGCACAAAAAAAAAAUCAAAUGAAACUUUAUUUUUCAAUCAUUUGACACUAGAUCCUUGUAGAUAAGGCUUUUUAAUAUUUGUACAGUCAAGGUUAAGCUUAGUUAGAUGUUGUUAUGUCAAAAUGACCUUCGCACUCAGUGUGAGUGUGCAUGGUUGUUUGUUCUCUGCGUGUUCUUGUGAUGGAUUGCAGUCCCGUCCUGAAGGAUCCAUCAGCCUCGCCCAGUGUCGGCUGAGUUAGGCUGCAGCCCCAGAAAUAUAUGUAUAAUAGAAUGAAUGAAUGAAUGAAUGAAUGAAUGAAUGAAUGAAUGAAUGAAUGAAUGAAUGAACAGAGUAUUUGAUGCGUUUAAUUGUUUGUGGAACUGACUGAACUAACAGUAAAGAGUAUACAAUGGUAGGAGAGGAUCUCUGAUCCAUCCAUCCAUCCAUCCAUCCAUCCAUCCAUCCAUCCAUCCAUCCAUCCAUCCAUCCAUCCAUCCAUCCAUCCAUCCAUCCAUCCAUCCAUUCAUCCAUUCAUCCAUCCAUCCAUCCAUCCAUACAUCCAUACAUCCAUCCAUACAUCUGGAACCUAUCCCAGCUCGGAUCUCCGAUCAUUUACUGAAAAUUAACAGAUCAGAUUGCUUUGUGUUAUUUAAAUGACUGAGUUCCUCUCUGAUCAUAAAUGUACAUAAAUGUUCAACUUGAAAUGUUAAAUCUUCUGUCUAUAUAUGAUGUCAUAUGCAUUUCCAGAUACCUGAAAUGAAGUGAAAUUAUCUUGUAAUUACCUUGUAUUAUCUUGUAAUUACCUGUUAAACAUUUCACAAGUCAGUGUUUUAUAAUCUGCUUGAAUAAUGAGACCCUCACCUGCUGGUGCUGUAAGUUCUCUCAGUUUUCAUCUUUUGCUUUUCUAUUUCAUCAGCCUGAAGCUUCAGUCACCUCUAAGCUCUAAGUCCACUUCAUAUUGAAGUGCGGUCAUCUUGGUUUUUUUCUUUUGCUCAUUUUACUCUCACGGAUCGAUAUGGAAGCUUUUUUUUGUAUCGUAUUAUCAUUUCAAAUUGUCUUUCACAAUCAAAGCUGACGGCCCUUCGUCAGAUGGCCAGGAUUACCUUACAUCCAGAAGGUAUUUCAUCAUAAUGGACACUUUAUCAUGUGUGUGUUACGUGGAACAAAUACGUGUUUUUCAUUCUAUAAUCAUUUAUGUUUGGUAUAUGAAUGAGAAAAUUUGUGUCAAGCAAAAAGUGAACGCAAUAAAUUUUACACUGUCUUGGAUGACUUAUGUUUACACACACAAUAUUUAUGACAUAAGUGGGAAGGACCAAACCAUCUCUUGGACAUCAGUUUACACCUGUUUCAGCAGCAUCUCUGAGACGUUUCAGAUCUAUGGACAACAGAUCUAUGGAUCUCAUGACAUGAGAACAAGAGACCUUUCUCUGGAAUAAGCUUCCAGAAGACAUCUAAAGAGACCCAAUGCAGAUGUAAGGCACAUUGGUUUCCAGCUGCUCUUUACUCUUGCCUGAUUUAUCAUUAUUAUCAUCAUUAUCAGUUGUUGUGGUGGUAGUAUUAUAGUUAUUAUUAUCAGUAUGUGCAUUAUUCAAUCUUCAUCCUAAAGGAAAUUGAUUUUUAAAAUUUCUAAUGUCUGGUAAUAAAUUAAUGUACUUUCUGCUGAA